CUCGCAGUAGCGUGAAGAUGGCGGGUAGCCCCGGCCAACUGGAUGAGCGUUUUUUACACACAGAGGUGAAUAAAGCGGUAGUUUGCCAUCCUGUACAGUCUGUAGAGUCACAACCGUCGUUCUUGUGUCACAAUAACCACUGGGGUAGGCACGAGGCAGCCGGUAAUCACAUGGCUAUAGUUCCGGGAGAAGGGGGUAGCGCGAGCUAAUGUCCAGCUGGGACUUGGUCAAGACGAUUGCUGAAGCAGGUAUGCUGUAACUAAAUGUUGUUUUCCUCUUUGUCUCCCCGAGUAUACACGGGAAGCGAACGCCGGAGCUGACAGAGAAAAACAGUAGAUGUGCCAGAGUCUUGCCCCAUCACGUUCAAGAUUGUUCGUGCUCCUUCUGAACAAGUUGAAGUGCAGGGGGUCUCAUCAAAACGAGGUCCCCAUGGUUCAACUAUGGAUGUAUCUACGGCCAGCACGGACUCCACGGGACAAGACCCUGGCAAACCACUUGCUGUUAGUAGCGGUGUAACUUCUCUCCCUAUUCAACAGGGGAAACUAGGCUCACACUCGGUGCAGACUUUCAAUGGGAGCCAAACUAUGAACUUUCACAAUUCAGGAAGCGCUGCCGCUCUCGGGGGGACGACAGUGACGAGCGGUACUGGUGACAGCAGCAGCACGGCGGUAUCUGUCACAGCAGCCAACAGCGGAACAGUGAUGUCAAAAGGGCUAGCCAGUGCGAUAAUGCCCCCCUCGUCAAACAGUGUAAUUCAGACGCCUCUCAUGAUCUCGCAGAGUGUUGUCGCUUCAGCUCAGCCUGUCAGCCAGACAGCCGGACCUACUGUGACUCUCGUCAGGCCGCCUAUGCAAACCGCGGGGUCGGGUGCAACUUUGAAUGGGAACAAUAAUGCGAGCCCUGCUGUUGCUGCCAAUACAGGUCAGACAAGUAUCGUCGUACAGCCCACGCAUGUAAACAAUAGCCAGCCGUCCAGCGCAGGUUCGCACAUAAUCAAGGCAGAGCCACCCACAACAAUAAUACAGACGGCUCCGCAGUCUGCUGUCACUCCCGGCGCCGUCAGCGCUCCCCGGAUUACGGCAACGGGAGCAGCCGGUCCAGCCGGGAUCCGAGCCCUGACGCCUCAGAUGUUGGCCCCAAGGCUCUCACAGACCUCCCCGGGACAGCCCAGUAUACAUAACAUCCAGCUCCCCCCGGGGAUGGUGCUUGUACGCAGUGAGAGUGGACAGCUGCUGAUGAUUCCUCAGCAGGCUCUGGCCCAGAUGCAGGCCCAGGCACAGGGAGGCAUGCCACCUCGGACUGCUACACCAACAAACGUGCCUCCUGGCCAGGCUCCAGGAAACACCAUCAUCAGCAGACAAGUGGCUCCCAGCACCAUCAUCCGUCAGGGCUGUCCAGCCCCGACAUCACUCGCUGCCACCACCGCUCUUCACAGACCUCCUAUCCUUCAGGUAACCCUGCCUGCUUUCGUCACAUAA